GAUCUCAGAAGUUUCUUGGUAAGGUUUGGGAUCCAGACGAGCCUGGUACGGAACAACCCAUUAACCUUCGCGCACCUAGGAUCUACCUCUUACCAUAUAUAGAGCUUCCGACAUGCGCAGUCAUCAAAUUCCGGCUAUAUUGGGCAAACAAUAAUCCAAUCAGGAUCCAGGCAUGGCGACCUAACAAGGAUGUUGAUGGUGGAUCCGGAAGUUAUACCCUAGUUUUUGAACAGGCCGUGUAUCAUCAAUAUGGGGGAACUGUCACUGAGGUAGACCUAUUCAUGCAUGAAUGGAAAGUACUAGAGGGUGACGUCAUAGGAUUUGUCAGUGAAUCACCCACUCCCCCUUUACUAUGGAAGAACCCGACUGGCAAAAUUCGCUACCAAUAUGGCCGAAUAAAGCAUGAUAACUUCACUGAUGUGGAUUAUCCUCUCCGUGGGGAAACUGUAAAAUUUUACGCUGGUGUAUGGCGCUGGGAGUGGAGCUUUGGAGUCAUAAUUGACAUGGACUCUUGGAAAUAUCCAAGUCCCAGAAGAACAACUUCUACCACUGCUAAACCAAAUACAACAGCGGUAGCUCCUAGUUCUACGAACACGAAAGGUGUGUUGGGCACGGCGUGUGAUAAUGACGCAAUAUGUAAUUCUGGUGCUGCGCACUCUGAAUGCGUUGUGAGAAAAGGUACCAAUGAAGCUGCUGAGUGUAGGUGUGAAAAGGGCUACAAAGAAGAAGGAGUAUUCUGUGUGAAAGAAUCCGAAGAAAACAUACCUAAAACAGCUGCCGUCUCUGACAAGGAUGCAUGGGGUAGUGAACUGGUGAACCCAAUUGUACAAAUAGUUCUAAUCAUAUGGAUGAUACUUCUUACUCUAAUUGCUUUUGCAAUACUAUGCAUUGCUAUCAGACGCAAACAGGAAUAUCGCCACUUAGAUGAAACAGCUCAAAAACCAUUCAUUUUGGAAGAUACCACAAAUAAGUACGAUAAAUGGUCGGAAAGUGGUGCACGCAACGAGUAUAGCGACCCCGAAGCGUCUACUUCUGGUAUUACAUCGUAGACAAUACUUCAGUCGCGCGUGUAUAUUAGCAGGUCCUGUUAACCGAUAUGCGUUUGAUGUCACUCUAACUUGGAUGCAAUAGCUUGUGACGUUUUAUCAAAAGAUCGUACUGAUCCCAGGAUCCAUGAUAAUGAUUAUAUUAAAAAACUACACACACUGAAUCUGGUGAUUAACCCAUUCUACCUCCAAACGAAAAAAUAUACGUCAGUUUAAUGAACGAGUUAAAUUAGGAAUUGUAGUCUCAAUAUACCGACCUCAAAACCGACUGCAGUCUUAAAUGUCUUUGGUAGCAUUCGCAACAACUGAAUGUUUGUGGAACAAUAUAAAGAUAAGUGGGAUAUACAUCCUUGAGGACAGUUUGUUCACACCUUUUAUGACUCAGUGAGUUACGUGUAAGGCAAACGUCAUCACAAGGUUUACAUGAUACGAUUGGUGCCCUACUAGCUAAAUUAUACGUCGAUGAUGCACGUAGCAUUUUUUAUGUUUAGUAGACAGGGCGGGUGUAAUAUGGGCUUGUGUAAUGUCAUUCUAAGAACAUUUCCAAUACAAACAUUACAUACAUUGCAGUAUAAGCCAGUUCAAAAACUCUUGAAUUUUGACAAUCGAACGAAACAAUUUUAUAGGGGUGGGCAAAAAAUAACCACAUCAGAAGAAAAAGAAAUAUAACCGCCAAACUACUCCCAUGUAAUGUAUGCGUGUAUCAUCAGAGAACGCAGUACAUUUCGUUUUGAAUUCAAAUUCGGUUUCUUCGAAUCUAUAACAAUGUUCUUAUAAUCAGAAUCUAGGUCUUUUUACUGAAGCAUUCACUGUACGCCAUCAAAAAUCAUUAAAUAUAAUUUUAUUGUAAUUUGAAUUGUUUUGGUAUAUAACAAGCUAUUCUAACUUACAUCGACUUAGCCAACUUUUCAAAAUGACAACAGCCUGUAUUUUCUACUGACGUGAAAAUGCAUAGUUUACUUAUUUUAAAUCAAAAUUAUGGACUUUUUGAGUUCCUUGCUUGUAGUACAGAUAACCUUACUCCAUACUACAUGUACGUGGAUAUAACUUAUA